AUGUCGCACAUCGUAUAUGGAAGGUUCCAAUGUAGUACAUUGUACUGGCCGCGCUCCAUAUCAUCUGAGUAUGAAUGUAUUCCAAUGGCAUCUGGAAUUACCGUCAAGAGAUUGGAGACAGAAUCUGAUACUGCCAGUGCUGAUAACAAUAUAGUAACGGACCGAAAAAUAGAACAGGAAUUCCUUAAUAAAUCAAAAACAGUAUUUUCUAUUUGCGGAAAUAUUGCAAUGUCUGCCCGUUGUUGGUUUUAUAAGACAGGGGAGAUAAUCCCCGGGAAUUUCAACAUUGGUGAAAUGAAAACAUUGGAAUUGGACAAGACAAAAUGUUCUUUCUUAUUAAGUUCUAAUCACAUAACAAUCCAUGUUUAUGAAAACGAAACUAAAAAGGCCAACAUAAGGGCUAGUGGUUAUAUUAAGGAUUACAGUGUAACAAGUGAUACAUUAGAUGACUGGACAUUGUAUUGUUUGACCUCAGACGGUCAACUGUUCAGGGUCAGCAGACAACAAAUUGUUAGUCAGCAGCAAAAAAGUCUUUCAGAAGAAGAUGACAUUUUCCAAGAUUUACUUACAACCAAUGACCUUGAACUUUCUGUAGCAACAGAACGAGUGUAUGUGUUGACAUCAGCUGAUUUAGUCCACAACUUUGGUCAAGUUUAUAUCACAUCCAUUUGUCUCUAUGGUAACAAUUUGUUGACAGUUUGUCAUCAUGAAGGCUAUUAUGAACUGAAUCUACAUUCAAUCCAUUUACAUUCUGGUCACUAUACAUUAACCUUAAGGAGAAAGUUUGUGUUAAACUGUCCAAACAGCAAUGUGCCACAGUCCUCCAAGGUAUUUUAUAUGGUGGCCGAAUCAGAAAAUCUACAUGUUGAGUCAAGUGACUAUUUAAGGAUUUCUAUGAACCUGUUUAAAUCAUUGCUUGGUAGUGAACUUGCAUUAAUGAAUUCAGCAAUUAUUCUGUUUUGUCCUCCAUUUGGAUCUGUUUUUUAUGCACCUGUCAAAUCAAAAUAUGAGGAAAUGACGGAAACAUUGUUCCAUAAAUUGACUUUAUUUUGCCAAACAAGUAAACAAGUUCUUGGAAUUGACAAGAUAUGGUUUCCAACAAGAUGGGAAGAAGAGAAUAGAAAUGAAGAAAAUACAGAGAAAGAAAUUAGAAAUCAGGAUGGUUUGUUUUUGGUAACAAAUGAUGGAAAAUGUGUUCUGAUCUCCUCAUGGAGUAACAAUGGAGCACAGUUUGUACCUAUUACUAUACCAGGGCCUGUAGAAUGUUUUAGUAUUUAUACAAACACACUGUACCAUUCUAACAGUAGAGAUCUGAUUGAAAGUGAAAUUUGUGCAGAAUGUGAUAAUAAAACCGGCACAGUAACUGCACGUAUUGUAAAUCAACAGAGUUUAGGGAUUUGUAAUGUACAACAAGUGGUUACAGUGCAAGAUCAGUCUUUAGUGGAAGGUACUCCCUGUCUUCUUUUCUAUCAAACCAAAUCUGGUCAAUGUUGUGUUGUUAGUCCAGGAAAGAUUGAGAAGGAUAAACAGCAUCCAGGGGGAGACAAUCCUGGACAGCAGAUCAAAGAUGUUUUAGUUAACCUGGAAAAAUGUCAUAUAGAAAAAGAAAAAUUGACUGCUUUAGGAAAAGCUCAUCACACUUUUAUCAGCCAACUUAGUGUUGCUAACUUUUUAAUUUGUAUGGAAGGGAAUAAUCAACUUUUUAAACAUAAAUUUACUUUGCGAUAUUUACCGCAUUCUUUAGAGUUUGAAUUGAACUAUGAAUUAACUAAUUGUGGCAAUGUUUACUUUUCAUCAGAUUGGAACCUUGUUAUGUCAGUGAAGCAUAUAGAAUCAAGUUUAACAAAGUCAGUCUUGUUUAAUCUGCACAAAGGAUUAAAACUAAAUGAAUGCAUUGCAAUCUCGACUGUUUUAUCUGAUCAGAAUGUUUAUCUCCCUUAUAAGGUGCAAAUUCAGCUUCAGUUGGAAAUUCCAAAGGACAUAAUUAACAAUACUGAUUGUGCUGUAAUUUUACCAGUGUUUUUAACUUCAAAAAUUGUAGACAUCAUUUAUUUUAUUGGGGAUGAAAAACACCAGAAAAAGUUUAUGAAUGAACCAGUGUUAGAUCAUAAAAAUGGAGUGAGAGACUUAGCUUUAAGUCGACCAAUAGCAAAGUGUCUACAGAAUGCUGACAAUAGUGGAGAAAUUGUUCAUGAUCCAGUAACAUUACUCAUACAUAAACCACUAGAUAUACUGAAUCAGAGAGAAAUCAGUAGAGUGGGAAAAGAUGAACCUGCCAUAUUGAGAUAUCUUCUCGAGGACUCUGACCAGAUUUCUGACAUCAGUGACAAAGCUCUUACAUUAUCAGUCUGUGGUGGGAGUAAAGUCCAUGUUGAUGUCAGUAUCGAGGACCAAAUAGUUAUCUCCCUUCAGUCUACAGACCUACCAUUAUGUACAGCCAUCAGACUGGCCAUAUUAGACAGAUUACAGGGUCUUGACAAGAAUACAGAAAAAAAUUUCACCAUGACUUCAAUUCAAACAAAAUUAAAACUUCAUCAGGAGUUACUGACGGAGCUACAGCAGCUGGAGGAGGAUAAUGUUAAUACUGGUUCAUCAGAUGUUUGUAGGAGAACAAUAGUAGACAUUUACACAAAGUUAAGACAGAUUCAUACUUUUAUUUAA